AUGUGCGCAUCUGUGUGUGUGAUUCAAGAAAAGCGCAAAUUUGAUUUGUCGAUACGGUGUGUUCUGUUGCUCCAAAAAGUGCAUGAUGAUAGAUGGAGUUCGCAUGGACUGUUCAUGCACUGGACGAGCACAGCAGCCGAGAAACCAGUAUCAGUUGGAAGCGUAAAACUUCUUCUUGAUGACAAUAAGAUGAAUGCUUUGACCUUUAUUUGCCUUUCUGCUUGCCUGUAUUUUGCUCGGGCAAACGGAGACGAUGAUGAUAUGAAUGGCCCUGGCAUCCAUAAAAGGUAUCAGGUUUCGGACGUACACCAUUAUGAACCAGGAUACCGAUACACGCAUGACCGACAAAUUUUGGACCGAAAACACAUCAAAAAUGUACCGGGUGUUGACUUUCUGGAUAAACAACCGAUAGUGGUUCCUGGUCUUUCAGCAGAACCAGAAACUGUUGAGAAACCACUGUUCGUACAAAAACCAGUUCAAGCUAUUCUUAUUCCACGUGAACCAGUGUCAGCAACAGAUGCUGAUGACCCUGAUGCAGAAGAAGCCGAACCAGCAACCGAAGAGGAACAACAACCAGAAGAACAAGCAGGACAAACAGCACCAACAGCUUCUGCAAAUGAUCCUGUUUAUCAAUAUUAUAUGAUUCUUAAGCAUUAA